CGGCGAGUGCUAGCCGGGAGUUCAUCGCAUCAUUAUAUGACUCGCCGUGUAGUGCCGAUAAAACUUCCUACCAGGCCGCGCGUGAAAACACAGCCGAGUCACGAUAAACGAACGUAUUUUAAUUCGAUGAAAUUACUGGUCGAGCCGUUAGUUUUUUUCACAUCGCGUGUACAGCGUUCUCUUUCUGUAACACUCGAGGCAAAAGCGGCACAGCGAAUAUUAAUCGAUACCAGUCGGUACUAGGCGCCGCAAUCCAACAGUUCAAGAUCACGAUCGAGUUGAGUGUGAAUGCGUGAACACGUUGAUAAAUCAACGUGGUAUUUUCGAAAUUGUUGGGGAAGAGUAAAACGCAAUCAUGAGAUACGUUGCUGCACUCGAUGUUGGUACCACUACGGUGCGUUUUCACAUCCUGAAUGAAAAGGCGGUCACGGUAGCUUCUUCGAUAGAGAAGGUAAAUCUUAUCUAUCCAGAGCCUGGAUUUGUGGAGAUAGAUCCCGAUCAUCUAUGGCAGAUCAUAGUAAAAGUAAUGAAGGAUACAUUGGACCAGAUGUGUCCACCUUAAACCGAGAUGACGCCAAUCGGAUGCAUCGAAAAUAGUGGGAUAGACCCAAAGAAUAUUGCCUGCAUUGGAAUUUCGUCACAACGAGCUAGUUUUGUUACUUGGAAUUUAAAAACUGGAAAAUACUAUCACAGAUUUAUAACAUGGAAGGAUCAACGAGCAGCCACUUUAGUUGACGAAUGGAAUCAUUCAAUAACGAUGAAAAGUAUAAGAUUUGGCGCGAGUUUCUUGUACACAUUUACAAGAAAGAAACGAUUUCUAGCUGGCAGCGUGCUGAAAUUUAUGAACAUGCAGGUUACUUUAAAAUUAGUGUGGGUUCUCCAGAAUAUACCGGGUCUUCGAGAAGCUGCACAUAAUGAAGAGGUGGCAUUUGGAGGUGUGGACUGUUGGCUUUUAUAUAAAUUAACAGGAAAGCAUAUAAUGGAUGUUUCAAGUGCCUCAGCUACUGGUAUUUAUGAUCCAUUUACGAUGAAAUGGGCCGAUUGGGCGUUAGGUAUUUUAAAACUGCCACGAAGUAUUUUUCCUGAAGUAAUUGAUACAGCAGGCAAUUUCGGAGUUAUCCCCGAAAAUCUGUUCGGAACUGAAAUACCCAUUUGUUGUUCAAUGGCCGACCAAGCAGCAUCUUUAUUUGGCUCAGGAUGUUUUAAGCCCGGUGAUCUCAAGGUUACUAUGGGGACAGGCACUUUUGUAAAUGUUAACACAGGACAGGAACCACACGCAUCCGUUGCUGGAAUUUAUCCAGUUGUCGGAUGGCGAAUCGGAAAAGAAUUAAUAUAUGUUGCAGAAGGAUCUUCAAGUGAUACCGGUAUAUUAAUCGAAUGGGCUAAAUCAAUAGGAAUUAUAGAUAAUAUUUCGGAGACAUCUGAUAUGGCAAACUCGGUCAAUGACACCGAUGGAGUUUAUUUUGUUCCAGCAUUUAGCGGGCUGCAAGCACCUAUAAACGAUUAUAAAGCUGCAACUGGUUUUUUCGGAUUGAAACCUACCACAAGAAAAGAGCACAUUAUUCGAUCUUUAUUGGAGAGUCUUGUUUUCAGAAUACAAUUACUACACGAAUGCUUACAAAAGGAAACUAAUUUCACAUAUCAAAGAAUAAAGGUUGACGGUGGAGUUUCCAAAAAUGAUUUUGUUAUGCAAUCACUAGCUGAUAUAACGGGGUUGGAAGUGGAACGUCCGGCAUUUGUCGAAAUGUCUAUUUUAGGAGUAGCUUUCCUGGCUGGUUUACAAUGUGGAAUAUGGAAGAACAGAGAAGAACUGUUCGAACUUCGUCAAACGGACAGGAUAUUUGAAUCGAACAAAGAAUCGCGAUUAUCUUAUCAAUAUGCGCUUAAACAAUGGAAACGCGCAGUAGAGCGCUUUAAAAAUUGGUACUGACAACGAUUGUAA